AUGACAGCAUCACGGCGCGUCUACAAACCACCGCGGUCAGGCACGGGACGACCGGUUCCGGAACGGGGAAUUCGCACCCCUCAACAACCUGCGAUGAACGAUAGGGAAGAAGCUUGGGCAUACGAAAAAAUCACCCCUUCACUACAAAAUGGGGAACUAGGCGGUAAUGAAGAAAGACAUCAGGUUGUGGAAGAAUUCUUCUGUGGCAGAAAUAUAUUUCAGAUACUUGAUGGUUUUGUUCUGGCCGCGUCAACUGAUGGGACUCUGUUAUAUGCUUCAGAUAAUGUCCUACAGUAUCUAGGAUUUAAUCAGGUGGAUUUGAUGCAUCGUUGUCUGUACGGCAUUGUACAUCCAGAUGAUCACGACAAUAUGAAAAAUGUUUUAGAGCGACACAUCACUUCCGUUACACAGAUUUCAGAUAAUUUCCAGUCAAAGACUGUGAAUAUAUCAUUUGUUUGUCGAAUGAAGUGUUUUAAUGGUACUUCUGCUGGUUACCUGAAAAUUCACUGCUCUGGGAAAAUUGAAGAUAUUCCGGAAUUUUCACUGAAAAAUAGUCGAAACCAGCCUCACAUCAUGCUGCUCUUCUGUCAGCCAUUUAUGUUGACCGGAAACGACCUCACUAAUGACGUCAAACAAAAUGUCUUCUGGAGUAAGCAUGAUAUGGACCUUACCAUUCGAGAACUGGAUAAGAAAGCAUCCGACAUAAUUGGAUACAACGCUGAUGAACUUAAUGAGGUCACACUCUACAAAUAUGUCCACCCUGAAGACCUUGUGACUUUUGCUGCUUGUCACAAAACAUUAAUGGAUAGCACCGAGGUACAAACGAUGUACUUCCGCAUCGAGACUCGGAAUGGGAAGUGGGUUUGGCUGCACAGCAGGGGAAAGGUCAUCAGCAAAAAUUCCAAGAAAUUUUCCAUCGUGUUCACGCACUGUCCCGUCAGAGUGGAGGACAGUACAUUUUUACAGCAAGAAACAGCACUUCGUCACCGAUACGCCAUAGGCGACCUUCAAUUCUUUCUACAAAAUGGCCACUAUAGUAAUGGUGGCCAUAGAUCCGACCCCGAAAACCACAAUGAAGACAUUCAUGGGAUGCAGAAAGUCAGUAACUUCUGCACUCCACAUAUGGGAUUUACUGAAGACGUGUCACUCUCUUUUUAUACACCACUGGUAACCUGUCCAUCAAGCUGGCAUAUGAUGUCAGACCGUCAUUCCCCAGUGUUGCCCUCCACGCAUGUUGCACACAAAAUCACACAACGUGAAAAGCAACUGCAGUUUCAGGAAUUCAAGCGACGACAACAGAUAGAGAAGACUGUGAUAAAAUCCGAGUACAGUAUGUACAACCCAGUGCAAAACUCUUGCCAGCAGUAUGUUGCAUCAUCUGUCGAUUCUUUUACGACCUUUAAACCAUGCAGUAACGGAACUCAAAUGAUAAAGGCGGAACCACAGGAAAAUUUUUACACAACCUGUGGUCAUACGAUGAACUACCCCAACAGCAUGUUAUUCAACCCUAUGGAACAAACCCCUCAGCAACAAUGGAAUGCAGCAGUGCCGCCAAAUUAUUCCGCUGGGCCACCCAAUGUUAACGUUUAUAAUUUUCCUCCUUCGCCGCCAUAUUCUCCCCAAAAAGUAGCAAAUUAUUCUUUCAACCAACAUAUUUAUCCCCAACAGGGUCACAACCCAACGAAUUUAACAUGUGUUCAUCAACCAAUGCAAACCUUGCCAGAUCAGUUCGACAGAAGCCAAAAUAGUGCUGGAUUUGCUAAUUACCAUAAUCUACCUAUAAGUCAUGUGCAAAACCAGUAUUUUUCGAACGGAUGCGUGAAACCGGAUAGAGGAGUCAAGUUUUCCGUCCGAUGCAAUGCAUCCGAACAAAAUUCACAUUUCUCUCCUCAAGGGAGUAAUUUUGGAGUUUUUCAAAAUGCAAGUAACAUUGCUAUCACAACCAUUGCAGGGCCAUCCUGUGCCAUGCCUCAUAGAUUUUGUCCUGACGAAAGAGUGGAAUACGAUAUCGAGGCCUCUAUUCACAUGAAAAUCGUGGAAAAUCCACGAAACAGACGAGGUACGCAUCAAAAAGGCGAUGUUGAUCUUCCGUCCAUAGGGAGUUUCUUGGAAUAUUUGAAUGACUCUUAGCCUAUGAUUCUUAAGGUUGC